AUGUCGAAAACAAACUUCUACGACGUCACUUCGCCCACGGAAUUCCAGGAACUUCUCUCCGCAGACCUCAACCGCGUAUCAGUGAUCAAUUUUUGGGCGCCAUGGGCCGAGCCAUGCAAGCAAAUGAACGAAGUCGUCAAGGAACUCUCAAAGAAGUAUCAACAGACUCUAUUCCUGCAAGUCGAGGCGGAGGAACAAGCUGACAUCGCCGAAUCUUUCGAUAUCGAGGCUGUUCCGACGUUCAUCAUCCUUCGGGGACAUCUCCUGCUCGAUCGAGUCGCAGGCGCCGACGCAGCGGCACUCACAAAGUCCGUUGAAAAACACACCGCAGGGCCAUCCUACAACCCCCAAUCGCGGACAGACAAAGCCCCAGCCCCAGCCCCCACCACCGUCCCUUCUUCACUCCAAGACGGGGAUUCCAAGCAACCUGAGAGCGAGGCGCAGCUGAACGAGCGCCUCCGUGGGCUGAUGAACCAGAGCAAGGUGGUGGUGUUCAUAAAGGGAUCCCCGCAGGAACCACGAUGUGGGUUCUCCCGCAAGAUUGUAGGGUUGUUGAAGGAUAAGGGUGUUGAGUACAAGCACUUUGAUAUCCUCACGGACGAGAGCGUCAGACAGGGUCUGAAGAAGCUGAACGACUGGCCGACCUUCCCGCAGCUGAUCAUCAACGGCGAGUUGGUGGGUGGGUUGGACAUAGUGCAAGAGAUGGCGGAGAACGGAGAGCUUGAGCAGGCCCUGGCGUAGAUGACUAUGCUGAUGAGCUCACUUGUGUGGGUCGAAUACUUAUUGUCGUCAUUCAACUCUGUAUAGGAUCUUUAUUCCAUUGCUUC